AACAAUUUCAAUCAAAGCGUUUUGUGUUGCGGCGUGUUUACUGUUUACAAAUUUCAAUUUUCAAGUGCUUUUUAAUAAGUGAUUUGGGCCUGAGGGUUUAUAUUUUAUUGAUUUGUUCGGGGGAUAAUUGAAUUGGUGUCGUGGUAGUUGAAUUGGUGUCGUGGUAAUUGAAUUGGAUCAUUGGAUUAUCAAACAAACAGGACCUUGAAUCUAUGAUAUGGCUUAUUGGCGUAGUUACAGAAAGUUCUCUGCUGAAGCAAUUGCUCUUGCAGCGUCUGACAAUGAAGAAGACAAUCCUGAAUCUUUAAGUCAUACAAAUGAUCUUUUGCAAAACAGUUGUAGUGAUGAGUCAUCAAAUUAUAGUGAUACAGAUAAUCCUGAACUGAUAUAUAGCUCUGAAUCAAACUCUGAUACCGAUUUUUCAGAAAAUGAGCAUGAAGGAAAUUUACCUCCUAAUGAUCCUUCACUCCCAAAUACUAAUGAUCCAUCACUCCCAUCAGAAACAUUGAGAGGGAAGCUUGCAACCUGGGCAACAAAAAACAAAUGCCAACGUACUGCUGUAAAUGAGCUACUUCAAAUUCUUCGAGGGCAGGGACUUUGCCUUCCGAAAGACAGUCGCACCCUUUUGCAAACCCCUCGUGAAGUAAUUACUUUAUCUAAGUGUGGCGGGCAAUAUGUAUACCUGGGGAUUGAAGCUGGCAUAACUGAUAUUCUUUCGAAAAAUGCAUCUUUAAUAGAAAAGCACACCACAGUUGAUUUGAUGAUCAAUGUGGAUGGGCUGCCAUUGUUUAAAUCUUCCACUUCCCAGUUCUGGCCUAUUUUAGGUUAUUUCAAUAAGGUUGAAGUCUUUAUUAUUGCACUCUUUUAUGGUAAUUCUAAACCAAGUUCUGUGGAUGAUUAUCUUGAUGAUUUAAUCGAAGAGCUUGAUAAGUUAAAAAUUCAUGGUGUAAAUUUUGAAGGAAGGCAACUUGCCUUUAAUCUGAGGUGUUUUUGUUGUGAUGCUCCUGCAAGUGUUUUUUAAAAGGUAUAGUUGGUCACACGGGCUACUUCUCUUGUGAGCGGUGUAAAAUUAAGGGGUCAUGGAAUGGCAGAGUUGUGUUUAAUGAUGAUGAUGUUUUUGCACCAAGGACUGAUGUUGAAUUUUCGAAUUUUAGUUAUCAUCACCACCAAAAAAGUGCUUCCUCCCUAGCUUCACAUGGUGUUUCAUGCAUUAAGCAGUUUCCACUUGACUAUAUGCACCUUGUAUGUUUAGGUGUUACUCGGCGCUUGCUCACUUUCCUUAAAAAUGGGCCAAAAAUUUGCAAGCUGUCUUCCAGACAUAUACUGCAAAUAUCCGAGAGCUUGAUGUUGUUACAUGGAAACAUGCCAAGUGAAUUUGCAAGACAACCAAGGUCGUUGGUUGAACUUGAUCGCUGGAAAGCUACUGAGUUUCGCCAGUUUCUUCUUUAUACUGGGCCUGUUGUGUUAAGAGGCAUUUUACCAGAUAGACUAUACCAGCACUUUCUUUCUCUGUCUAUUGCUAUUUCCAUAAUGCUUGACAUGAAUACUGCCAAGCGAACCUCGUAUCUGCAGUAUGCAAGAGAGUUAAUAACUAAUUUUGUGAGUAACUGCAAAUCUCUGUAUGGUGAUACCUUUGUGGUGUACAAUGUACACAACCUUCUGCAUUUGCCUGAUGAUGUUGACUAUUUCCAUUCUUCAUUAAAUGAAAUAUCAUGCUUUCCCUUCGAGAACUUUAUGCAACAGUUGAAGCGACUUGUUCGAAGUCCCCUAUUGCCCAGGUUGUUAAAAGACUAGCAGAACUGAAGCACUCUGUGCAAAAACACCAAUGUGAUUGGCGCUACACUCAUAUCUCUACCAAAUUGAAGGAUAGCUGUUUUAUGCUGAAGGACAACACUUAUGUUU